AUGGCUCUUGACAACAGUUACCUCAGCUACCACAGACGUUUUGUCCGCUUUCAAGCGGAGCAACGACUUCAUGCAAGAAAAGACGGCAUUCGAAUCAAUGCCAAACACCAACAUUUCGAGGUCGCUGGACAAGAAAGGCCGCCUCAUCGAACCUCCAUGGGGGCACGAUCCCUCCUCCUUGCUGUGAUAUUGCGGGAUGAGACUGGACACCAACAUCCCAAGAUGGGGCUAGGCAACUCCCCAACCAAGAGAGCACAAAUUAACGACGGCGAUGAAGCGUACAAAUCCAUCUCGGAAUUGGUAGUUACCUCAGAGCCCAUUUUACUACCCGUCACGCCGACAUUGCCCCUGGUUCAGUGCCCGAAUUCCUUCGUUCCUCAUCCUUUCGGAGCAAUCGGUGAACCAUGUCCUGUUUUGCAAGGUGUCUCCUCUCAAUCCAUGAGAUCGGAACACAAGACGGACCACUACGAACAGCACGAUUCCUCUCAAAUGAUGCCGACCUGGGACCUUGAGGAACUCGACCUGUAUAAUUUAGCUUCCUCAUCCCGCCUUCCGAGCCCUCUCAAGACAGGUGAUGCCACUGCUAUACAUGACGAACCGGGUCUCCAAGAGCUAGGAAAGCUAAACGGUCCGGUAAUUGAUUGGAAGCUGGACGUCAUAGUGCAUCUCCUUAACGGGGACUCGCCGUGA